AUGGAACCUGAUUCCGACUUCUUUGCAAACGCGCCGGAAGGUGCGAGGGACUACGUCAUCGGUGCACCUAGGAGUAUUCAGCAAUGGAUUCUGGAAAAGGUCCGCCACCAGCGAAAGACGAAAGAGAUCGAGCGACUGGAGGCCAAAUACAGAGUGGAAAUUGAGGCGUUAAAAACCCAGCUCGAGGAAGCCAGUUCUAGACAGAGCAAACGAGGAAAGCCUAUCGAAGUACAGCUGGUGGAGCAACAGGCCAUGCUCGAGAAACUCGGGGCCGAAAAUGAACGACUCAAACGUGAAAUGGAAGAGGUGAAGCGAGGGGCCAUGGCCACGAAAUCAUCGCCUGGCAGGUAUAGGCGUGACGAAGACCAAACGAAUACGGAAACUGCUUUGGGGUCUGCCUCAGCACCUGUGCCACCUAUGUCUAGUAGCGAGUCGGGGCAUAGUAGCGACACUAAUGGCAACACUCCUCCCCGUGGUGUGUCCGACCCGGUCGAAGCUGAUAUGCCCAAUGCCGCAUUCAGCAGCCCCGAGACCCGGUCGUCCACGAGCACUCCCCUCAGCAGCCCCUUCAAAAGCCCCUGUGAUCCGGCCAAUCGGCCCAGCAAAGAUACCCGGACGCAAACAUCAAUUAUUACUGCGGCCAUGCAGCCCGAGUUUCUGGGAAAUCAAGACCAGAAUAAUAAACAGGCCUUUGUCACUGCCGACCUGGGGGAAAAACUUGCUUCCAGCAUAGCUACCAAACUGGGUUCCAAAUUCUCUGGCGCGGUGCACAUCAAGGACUUCGAACCAAUCGACCCCGAAAGCUUGAAAAAAACCAUUAAUUUGCCACAAGAAGACUACGACCUCGUCGGUGUUGAAUAUAAGGACAGUUCCUUAAUUUUAUCUUCCCGCGGGUUUAAGGUUCCGGAUUUCUCCCGUCCGCCAUUAACGGACAUAAAUGCCAAAACUUUCAUCGAAAACCUAAUUGCUAAUCCUCCCAAAGGACACAUUCCAUACUAUGUCGGCCCAUCGCUUGCGUCAUGCCAACAAAAAUUCGACAACUUGUUACAUCCGGGCAAGCUUUCAAAACUCGUAGAUUUGAGGAAAGAAUCUGCCCAACCGGGGAUCAAUAAUGAUGGCCAUGUGGCCGGCGUCACGCUCCCGUAUUGGUUACUCGGCUCGGCUUUUUCAGGCACUGCAAUGCACCGCGAAGAUGCAAACUGGCGUUCGGCCAAUAUAACCUUGAUCGGGGAGAAGAUUUGGCUGCUUAUUGAUCCGGAUCACAGCAACAGGUUCGAACAUUUUGUUGCACGUUUGGUCGGAGAGAAACGGGGCUCAUCCCGCUGUGAUCAAUGGAUUCGCCAUCACAACUUACUUAUCGGGCCAAAUCAGCUUAGUGAAGAAGGUAUCGAAUUUCGCUUGUUGACGGCGGGGCCAGGCGACAUGGUCGUGACACAGCCAGGACAAUACCAUUUUGCGGUUAACAAGACAGCCUGUUUUGCAAUUGCUAUUAACAUCCUGUUGGAUGACGAAGAAUUAUUUCCUGAUCGCCGCGUACGCGUUUGCGAAGAGUGUGGGCUGAGUUUUGCAGCGAAUGAGAAUAUUGGCAACAUCGAAUUGUUGCCAGGCGCAAGCGAGCGCAAAUCUUUGCGACAUCAAACGCGAUUACAAAAGGCACAACAGAGCCCAAGCAGCGCUCCGCAAAAAGUGCCAACGAGGACCUCUAAAAGGUUUGCCGCAGAGGCGACUGAACAACCAUUAGCAAAGAAACCAAAGGAUGGGCCGACUUCGGAUGACCUAGCCGACUUUCUGUUCAACUCCGAUGCUCUUAACCGGUUUCAGGAACUUCUUACUGCCUGGAGAGCCCGUGAUAAUGUACGGAGCUUUGCUGUUGGUGGAUUAGCUCCAUAUGAGAAGGUGGCCGCAUAUUACGAACUCGCUAGCCACUUUGACUCCAAGUCAGUUCUGACAGCGCUACUCGCUUGUGUUGCCCGGAUCCAAACCUUCAAAGAGAUGAAUAAAACAAAAGAGGGCAGGAAAAAUCUGCCUCCGGGUACGCUGGAAAAGUUUCACAAACUCUCAAGAACCAAGGUCGAAUUUUCGACUUUUCGUUCACACAUCUUUAACGCUCGGAAUUUCGAUGAGAUCCUCGGAAGUCUGGUGGUAUUUUUGCCGUUUCAAGGCAAUGGUGAGAUCUCUAUGCGGCAAUUUGAAAGAGGGUGUACGCCAAACUUCCGGAGGUGCCUGAAGUCCCGCCCCCAUUUCGAAUUAUUUCAGCAACUGGGACAAACUUUUGUGGAUUCGAUUUUGGAAGGCAGCGGAUACCAAAUGACGAUAUUUGAAUGUGUCCCUACCAAGCCAGAGCUGUCAAAGCUGCCUCUGGAGUGCCAAGUUCAAUUGCUCAAGGUCGGCUAUAUACAAGAAAACUUGAGCGAAACCCCCAAUUGGCAAAAGCCCGAAGAUUGGCUCUGGGACUGGCCCCUACCCCCGGAUUGGCUGCCACCAGGUUGUAAAUGCAUGCUCUGCAAACAUUCAAACUGCACAUGCAUCCAAAGAUAUACUACCUGCGAAGGGCUUCAUGUCAGCCACUAUGGCAAAAAGGGUUUUGGCAUCCGGGUUACCCAAUUUUACGGGCGACGUCAUGUGUUUGGGGAACUUGUCGGGAAUCUCGUUAAACCGGGUUCCUUUUCUGAUGGCAUGGGUUUGGUAUUUGCCAGGGAUGAUCUGGAUGGACAGCCUGUGACUGCACAGCUAUAUACCGGAGAUAAAGGGAACAUUUUUCGGUUUAUCAACCACCGAUGCUGUUCUCCCGCGGUCAAGAUUGAGGGUAUGAGAAUAUCUGGGAAGUACCGGAUGAUGGUUGUUUCAGUGAGGGAUGUAACUGCGGGAGAGGAGCUCACUGCAAAUUGGGGGUGCGGUUUUGUAGAGGGUACGUGUUUGUGUGAAGAUUGUGAGAACAAUCAGGAUAAGGAAGGAACUGUUGGAGUAUAA